AUGACUAGGAUUGGAGUAGACGAAGAGCCAGUUACCUUCUUUGUUGAAUCUUGUCAAAAGUGCGGUGUCAGCGGUUAUGCAGAUCUCUUAGUAUAUUGCGAUGUGUGCCAGAUUCCUGCUGAGCACGUAUAUUGUUUGGAUACAAUAUCUAAGGUUACUCAAAAGGUGGUCCAAUGGUCAUGUGAGCAGUGCGUACCGCUAUAUUUCCACAGGCAAAUUAGUUUGAAACCAUCCCAAAUAGUUGAAGAAACAAAUGGCAAACAGCUGCGAGAUAAUGAGAAUGUAUAUGCACAUAGAAUUACUGAUCAUCCGCAGAGUGUGGAGAAUCUCUUGCCGAACAGUCAACUCAAUCAGCAGACAGUCACAGAUGAUGCAGAAGCAGUUAGAUCUGUUAGUAAAAAAUCUUUUUCGGAACUGUCAGGUAAGGCACUCGUCGAACAAGAAGCUCAAAGGAAUGUUUCUGUAAACAAUGUUCAGUACAAGGAAAUUGAAGAAUACUUUGAAGACAAGACGGGAUGGUUGAAAAAUAAGUUCAACGAGUUAGAGGUGAUUGAAGAGGCGUUUGUGGAGAAGAAAUCUGAGAUACGUGCACUUAUUGCUAAGAAAGUGGCAACCGUCGAUGUUGAAGAACAAGCUAUGCUUGAUCGGGUUCAGGAGCAGGAAGACAUUGCUGUUGCUGCUAUUAUAGGGGCACGAAAAAAAUUCAUCGCUAACAGAGUGGCAACUGUUAAAGAACAAGCUAUGCUUGAUCGCGUUCAGGAGCAGAAGGGCAUCGGUGUUAUAGAGGCACAGAAUAAUUCAAUUAUACAUACUGUUGGUUGUUUAGAUCGACAACAAUGUCUUAGGCAAUUUUGCCAAGACAUGGACGCAAAAAGUCUUGUGAAUUACAUUACAGAGAAUAAGAACUAUAUGGGUGCAGUGUGUGAUGAAAUUCCUGUAGCUUUGAAAAGUGCACCUGAGCCUGCCCAUCUGGUGUUGGAUUUGCUGAAAGGAAUCUACCCUUCUCCUGGUCCAGCCACAUCUCAUGUAAAAGAGAGCAGGAGAGAUUCCGAAGACCAUGAGUGCAUACACAGAUCAUGUUUGAUGUUGAUCGAAUCUGUUGCCCCGUUGGUGUUAGGUGGUGAUGAACUUCUGGACCAUAAAACCAAGAGGAGAGCCAAGGUAAUUGCCAAUGAUUGGAAGUUUAGGAUGGGCAGCUGUGAUCCUACCUGUAGGAAUUCUUCUCUGGACGUGGAGGUGUUUCUGAAGUUACUUACAGUAUUUAAAAUUACUACAGAGAUUGAUGAAGAAGAACUUUGCAAGUUUGUUCUUGCUGUUUCUCAUCGUCUCCACAUUCCUGAUCUCUGCCAUUCUCUUGGCCUGACAAACAAAAUACCAGGGGACAGGUUGCUGAUGUGUAGUGAAAAAACAUGCUCAAGUUCUUUUUGGUCAGUCAUGGUGUGUGCUUGCCAUAGGUAACCCUACAAAUAUCUCAGGUUUACUAACCGGUUGACACCUGCAUUUAGCAUAUUUAUUAUGUAACUUUUGGGAUAGUUUGUCCAACAGAGUCUAGUUCUCAGUGUUCUGAGUACCUUUUGUUUUCUUCUACAAAUAAUGUAUAGCUAAAAUCUCGACAUACUAUUUAGC